GGGAAGGGGAAGGGGAAGGGGGGAAAUGGCGGAGCGGCACGGCCGACGGUGCGCCUGUUGAGGAGCGACUCGAGGACACGCACACACUCAGCCGUCAUGGAGGACUCGGAGCCCGCAGAGGACGGCCUGCUCGCCGGCUUGCGGUGGAACCGGAGCGCGCGGGAUCAAACUCAGCUCAAGCACAAAAUCCGGGACCUGCCGGGACUACUUAAGCACGGGCUGCACCUGCGGAAGAAGAGCCAAUCACCUGACACAAUCCCUGGACCAAGUGCUGGCUCUACGGUAAACAAGUCAUGCUCCCAGAGUUUUCCUUGUGCUGGCCGAGCUGUGAGAAAUGGCUUCCUGUCGCAUGGACCAUAUCCAGCUAAAGACAAGAUACACCUGGCCAGAAUCAUACGGCGCAGUUAUGUGGGUGUGGAGCUCGUGCAGUGGCUGUGUGAGCAGUGUGUGUACGUGCGCUGUCGGACCACCGCUGUGCGCGUCUGGCAGGUGCUGCUGGAGCUGGGAGUCCUCCUGUCUGUGGACCAGCGCGUUGUCUUCUCAGACUCCAACACUUACUACCAGUUCAGUUUCGAGGAGUGCGACUCGACCUCCUGUGAGUUUCGUGCCAAUGAAGCGGAUUGGCCAGAGGCUGUUAGGCUCCUCCUACAACUUGCUCCGUAUGUCCAGUUUCGCUCAGGAGACAGAACCAACAGCCCGUCAGAGGAGGACUCUGAGGGAAACCGGGAUGUCUGCAGUGAGAUCCUUCAGAUGAACGCGCUAGAAAGGCUCACAUCCACAGUACAAAGUGAGUUGGCAGCUGCUCUUGCCCGAAAGACGCGCAAAGCUUUAUCAGAGCAGGACUCUGACAUGCCGGAGACGAGCCAGCAAGCCGUCCGCUCACCAAGUGCAGAGACCAGCCCGCUGGGCGGCAUGUGUGCUCUGCGAGUAAGUGGAGGCAACGAUGGCGGAGGCGGCGGGACUGUGUGCGGCCGUGAGGAGCUGACCACCCGACUGGGCUUGGAGGCCGUUCAGCGGCUCGCCAAGGAUGGCUGCCGACUGCUGCAGAACCACAACUACCGGUUACCUGACAGGAACCAGGCGGUGAGUAGAGGACGUGUCACGUGCCAGUCAUUAAUAUCAUUUACGGAGGUCGUUGGGAGGGUUUGUCUGAAGGAGCGAGGAAGGGACGUGUUGGUGUUGCAAAGAGUAACAUCGUCACUGACGUCACCAUCAGAACGGCCCUCGCCCACUUCGUUGGGGGACGGGUCCAGAGAGGAAGACAAAAGGUAUGUGGUGGUGUCUGGAACGCCGCUGAAGAUUUUGGAGCAUCUGCUAAGUGACCUGCGUCUAGAUGACCAAAGAGGAGCGCCUGAGAGCAGGGAGAGUGAAAUGCUGUUGGAUGACUUCCUGUUAACCUACCUGGUGUUCAUGUCCACCAACGACCUAUGUCAGGCUCUACUGGGACACUAUAGCAGUGCACGCGGCCGAGGCCAGGAGGAGGGCAAGGAUACUCUCUUCAGGAAGCGCAAGGUCCUCCAGCUGGUCUCCCACUGGAGCCGACUCUACAAGGACUUCCUCAAGGAGGAGGAGCAUGUUCGGGGUUUCAUGAAGACUCUUUACAGGUGUGUCCUAGAGGAUGUGUAUGAGUUUCCGACGCUUGAGAAAGACCUCAAAGAGUUCCAGAAGCUUCUGCGUCGUAGACACACAGUGGAUGACUGUCCACCAAAUCAAAAGAGCAAACAAAUGCACCAGCAGUUGAGUUUGAAGGAAAACUGUUUGCAACUCCGCUGUCCGCAAUCUGAGACUAGAGAAGUUAUUUGCUGUGUUUACGUAAGCGCCGACUCCUACCUGAGUGUUCACACGCACCCUUCUCUGGAGGCCCACGAGCUGCUAAGAAUUGUCAGACUGAAGAUGGACAGAUCAGAAGAAGACAUGGUGCUUGCUGUGGUCUCCCACACCGGAGAGCGCAGGACGUUACAGCCCAGCGACUGUGUGUAUUCAGAGUCUCUGACCCCACAGGGCAAGCUUGUAGUCUGUCGCAGGGAUCUCGCCGAGAUCUUGCCCCCUUUAACGGACAGUGCUGAGCUCAGCAGGAGGCCAGUGCGCCUUUUAGGGAUGAACACGUGGGAUGUGGCCGCGGCGCUCACACACCUGGACUGGAGCCUCUUCAAAUCCAUCCAUGAGCAAGAGCUGGUCUACUACACCAUCAGGCGGAUUCCUGGCGGCGGCCACACAGCCGCGCUGUCCGUCUUGCUGCAGCGCUGCAACGAGGUCCAGCAGUGGGUUAUGUCCGAAGUCCUCAUGUGCACGUCGCUCACCAAGAGAGUGCAGCUGCUCAAAAAGUUCAUCAAGAUCGCAGCUCAUUGCAAAGCUCAAAGGAAUUUGAACUCUGCCUUUGCCAUCAUCAUGGGUCUCAACACAGCAGCUGUGAGCCGUCUCAACCAAACCUGGGAGAAAUGUCCUGGAAAGUUCAAGAAGCUUUUCGCGGAGUUGGAGCUGAUCACGGAUCCGUCUCUUAAUCAUAAAGCCUACAGAGAAGCAUUUAAGAGAAUGAAACCUCCAAAGAUCCCUUUUAUGCCUCUUCUAUUGAAAGAUAUCACCUUUAUCCACGAGGGCAACAAGACCUUCCAUGACAACCUAGUGAACUUUGAGAAGUUGCAUAUGAUCGCAGACACGGUUCGAAUGAUUCGACACUGCCAAAGCGAACAAGCAGGCAAUGAGGUGAUCGGCGUCGACAGCGCAGAGCUGAGGGCGAGUGUUCACUACCUACACAUCAUCGACAAUCAGCAGACGCUCUUCGAGCUGUCCCACAAACUCGAACCGCGGGCUUAGUGCGCACGUCCCCUUCAUGGACACAGAAGUAGCACAGCACUGCUGCGGUCACGCCAGCACUGAUACGUGUGCGACACGCAAGGACGCUGUACAGCACACGUCACACACUCGCACACGCGCGGCAACAAACAACCAGUUGAGGUGCCAAGUUGAUCACAAGGGGCCAUUUGUUUGGACAAAACUAUCAUGUAGACACUGAGCUCACCUCUAUAGGAUAUAUCAACUCUGUGAUCUGAGUAGAGAAGGAUGUAAUUAAGUUGUACAGUAUCUAUUGGACUAACUAUGACCUUGAUUUGUUUGUUUGUGAUGAGCUUUUGGUUAUUUAUGAGCCUGUCAAGCAGGUGGAAUGUUCCUUUGGUUUGUGCUGUUGCCUCCGUGUACUGUAGGUCAACAGCGACUUGAUGGCCUCGUCAUUUCAGUUACAAAAAAAUGCCGACUGAAGAGUUCAGUGUGUUUGCAGCCAUAAUUUGCUACAUCAUGAUGUCGCCUUCACAUUUUACAAGCCGCCCUGAUUAUACACACGUUCAGGCUCUCGUCACAGCUGCUAAGUGUAUCACGUGGAUGUUUAUUUUGGUCGUUACUUGUGUGGUUUAUUAUGUACCUCAAGAGACAAGUCAGUGUUGAAGCAUUCAUCGAACAUACCUCCGCGUGCAAACCUUUCUCCACUUCAACGUGUUAACUAUUAACAUAGGGAGUGCCACUUUAACAGUGUGCAGUAAGACGUUUAAACGCACUGACUGACUCUGAAACCACAAAUUCUCAUGAGUGUUGAUUGUGAGUUUUUGGUUUUACUGGUUUUCCAUGCAUGUGUCAUGGUUGAUUCAUCUUGCACUUCCCUCACUGAACUAGGUUAUGUGUAUGAAUAGAUACAGAAUAGACAGUGUCAUUGUGUAUUUCUACCCCGUAUGGGCCUAACAUGCAUUCUAUAAAAUGUCAAACAGAGUCCCCUGCAGCACAAAUGCAUCGCAAAGCUAUGUUUGGCUUUGUUUUAAUUAGAUUAUGGUAUCCCCUCGGAAACAAAUCUGACUCAUCUCACAAUUCUUAGUGCUGAUUUAAAGCCCGCCAAGGCUGUCUGAAGUUGCUAUGGAAACAACCUAAUCAAACACCUUUUCUUAGUUAUCGCUGAGGUGGAGAUUCUUAUAUGUCAAGGAGUACUCAGUUCAGAUUUUCCGACAUCGGAUCAUUUUUGACACUUGUAAUGUCACAGGGGCCUGUCUUGUUCAUUUUUUAAAGUGACCAUCGAAUGCAAUCCCAUAGGAGAAUUGUAUCAAAAGGUUUACUGCCUCUACUGAGGUAAUAAUGCGCACUAUUAGACAUACUGGUUUAACAAGAUGGUUUUUUGCACAUUUAAUAUAUCGCUGGCGUCAGACGGCAUUCUCACAUCUGCAAAACCAGAAUUUUUCAGCCCCUCCCCCCCAAAAAACAAAUUAAAAAUGUUUGUUUAGUCAUUAACAUUGCAUUGUCAAUGAGACCAUUUGUAGAAAUAACUGACCUGGGUGGGUACUUCACAGUUGUAUAGAUGUUAAAUUGACCGUAUUUGGACAUAGGAGGUUUCGGCCUGAUGUCAGCGAUACGCAUUUUACUUCUCCUGUGUUACUAAACUAGGUUACCAAAAUAUUAGAGAUUAGUGCAGUUCUACACUACUGUUUGAAUAAAUUCCUCUCUGUUGAUCUAAAUUGAGCAUCUUAAUCUUUGUUUGGACUGAAUUUUUGAAACAGUGGAUAUGGAAUCUACACCUGUCUGUUCAAAUGUUACAUUUUUGUGAUGCAGAUUAAAAAAUGAGACCCAAGAUCAUUUCAAAAUUUUCCCCUUUUAAUGGAAGUACAAAGUAGAAAUAACUUAGACAAUUGGUUUGCGCAAGAGUGCACACUCUCUCAUAACUGCGGAUGUGGCUGAGUUCAGAAUUAACCAAUUACAUUUAAAACCAUGUUAAAUGGGGGUCAGCACACAUCUGCCACAAUUUAAAGAUCCUCAUGAUUAACCCCAAGUAAGUUCAGCUGAGGCCUGAAAGAUUUGUGCUUCUACUGAGUGGUAUUUGGACCUGUUCAUAAAUCCCUCCACCUUGACUAAAGCUCCAGUUCCUGCUGAAGGAAAAACAGCCCCAAAGCGUGAUGCUAUCACCACCAUGCUUCACUGUGGGUGUAAUGUUCUUUUGGGGAUGAGCAGUGUUGUGUUUGCGCCAAAAAUACCUUUUGGAGUGAUGGCCAAAAAGUUUAACCUUGGUUUCAUCAGACCGUAAUACUUUUUCCCAAAAGCGUUUUGAGUGAUUUCGAGUGUGUUUUAGCAAAAUGUAGCUGGGCUUGGAUGUUUUUCUCUGUAUAGUAAGGCAUCUUUCUGUUUUGUCACCCUACUCCAUAGCACAGACAUACGAAGAUGAUGGGAGUUUGUUGUCACAUGUACUAAAAGCCAAUACUUGCCAGAAUUUCCUGCAGCCUCCCUGAGCAGUUUUCUUAUAUUUUCAUCAAUUUUGGAGGGAUACCAAGUUCUUGGUAAUAUGACUGUUGUGACAUAUUUUCUCCACUUUAUGACUCGCUUCACUUUCUUCCAUGUUGUGUUUAUUACAUACACGAUCAAAAUUAUUUCGUACCAUUCUCCUGUCUUGAUACGUUUGAACAGUAAGAUCCCUCUGAUGCUGUGGAAACUCAGAGGACCAUGGCUUGUGCUGAAAGAUGUGACAACAAAAAUGUUAGGAAAAGCCUACUUGAAGAGCUGAGCUUUUUUUGCGGAUAAUCAGAGGCACUUUAAAUGGUGUGUGGCGGAUGUGUGCUGGUUCCCAUUUAACAUGAGUUUGAAUGUGAUUGGUUAAUUCUGAACACUCGCCACAUCAUUGCAGUUAUUUUUACUUCACCUCUCAAAAAGAUUAUUUUUCAAUUGCGUUUUAUCUCAAGAAUCUUGCAUUUGAACAGGGGUGUGUAGACUUUUUACACUGUAUAUUGGCCCUCAUUAGAUUGUCUUACUGUCCGAUUUGAUCAUUUCUUUCAUUCGUUGAUAAAGUAUAAAGCAUGCAUUAUCGCCAGUAUUUGAACAACAGCUUUUUGUAUGCUUUUUGGAUAUUAGUGUUUUCAUUGCAAGUCAAAUGGAUGUUGAAAACAGAUUUUAGUGCCAAAUUACAAGACACAUUCCAAAUUCAAAGAAUUACAUGACAGCAAAUAUUAUAACUGGUGUUCAUAUUCAACUGUAUAUAUUCAACCCAUCCAGCUUUAUUUGGGAAACGACGACUUGAGAAGAUAACUAAGAAGCUUUACUGUCGUGUUUCUCAGACUAUAAACCGAGAAAGAACUCACGGAAGUAGUUGAUGUCAGCCUUUACAAACACACACUCCACUUGAUCGGUUAGAAUGCAGUUACACUGUCCUAUUAGUUAUUUCUUCUAAUAUCCAGUUUAUUUGUGGAUUGCUAGUGUGGCCAAAUGUUAUGCUUGAAGGUUCAACAAUGCAGAAACUGUAUGGAAAGCCGUUCGAGCAUUUAUGGGAUAUCCUUGAUAUGGUAUGCUUAUAUUGUCAAUCCUCAAUAUGUGUGAACAAACGGCUUUCCAUAGAAACUACAUUAUUUUGAGAGGCUUUACAUUUUCUAUGCUGUAGUAUUGUAUUGUGGCCACUUGAGGGCGCCAGAGGAGCUACUGUAGAGCUGGUGGUCCUCUGCUGGAGGCAUUUAUUGUACUGCACUGUGACUGGAGAAGGGGAAGGACUCCUCAACGUGACGACUUUAGUGUUGCAAACAGUCAUGACUGUGGAAAGUUUUCCUUAAAGAACUGUGGUUUGAAACCUGUUUUGCAUGAUAAUAAUAAAAAGAAUGAACGCAAUGUAAAAGAGGGCAUGUUGAAGGCUUUGUACUGUGUAAAUUUAUGCCUAUGUACUGUUUUUAUUUAUUUGUUUCAAAUGGUCAGGCGAAAAAGAAAAGUGAACCACAAAGCAAUACAUUCAUGUCUAUUCGAUGUUCUGAAGCCAGAUGUCUUUUCUAUAGAGGUGUUUUACUAUGUGGACAUUUGAACUCAAAUGAAUAAAUUAUAGGUUUUAUGUGAAA